UCCUGCUCUAAGAAGCAAUGCGAACACCCAUGGGCUGCUGAUUGGAAUGGUGAGCACAAGGCCUUUUGAUUAUUCCCUGUACUCAAAAACUUUGCAACUCUGCAUCGAUGCAAAAGCGGCAAAGCAAGGUCGUUUGAUCCACAACCAUCUCAUAAUAAAUGGGGUUCUUUCAAAUGUUUAUCUCAACACAAAGCUGAUUAUAUUUUAUUCAAAAAUUCGGGACAUGAUCACUGCUCGAGAAGUGUUCAAUAAAAUGCCUGAGAGGAGUGUGGUUUCUUGGACUGCUUUGAUAUCGGGGUAUUCUCAAAACUGUAACUUUGAGGAAGCUUUGAUUGUGUUUUCAGUGAUGCAUCGGGAAGGUGUUAGGGCGAAUCAGUUUACAUAUGGGAGCUCAUUGAGGGCGUGUACGAGUAUGAUGUGUUUAACUAGAGGGAAGCAAAUACAAGGGUGCAUUCAGAAAAGUUGGUUGUAUGGGAACCUAUUUGUGCAGAGUGCAUUGAUUGAUUUGCAUUCUAAGUGUGGGAAGAUGGAGGAUGCUUGCUAUGUUUUUGAGUCGAUGCUGGAUAGGGAUUUAGUUUCUUGGAAUGCGAUGAUUGGUGGCUAUGCUGUUCAGGGGUUUGACAACAAUGCCUUUCAAAUGUUUCGUUCAAUGCUGGGAGAAGGCAUGGUCCCUGAUUGCUUCACUUUGGGAAGUCUUCUGAAAGCCUCUGCUGGAGUUAGUGGUCUUGUGAAGGUGAGGCAGAUGCAUGGAUUCAUUACCAGAUUGGGUUUUGGAUCACAUAAUAUUUUGCUUUGUUCGCUGAUUGAUGCUUACAUAAAAUGUGGAAACAUGAGAAGUGCAAAUCAUAUUUACAAGAGUAUGCUUCAAAAAGAUACAAUAUCAUGCACUGCAUUGAUCACAGGAUAUGCACAAGAAGGUAACUAUAGCAGCGAGGCCCUAAAUCUCUUCAAUGAAGUGCAUCAAAUGGCCAUGGGAAUCGAUGAUGUUAUAUUAUGUUCCAUGCUCAAUAUAUGUGCCAAUACCGCAUCACUUGGAUUGGGAAGACAAAUGCAUGCUUUGGCGCUGAAAUAUCAACCCCGCCAUGAUCUGGCCAUGGGAAAUGCUCUCAUUGAUAUGUACUCAAAAUGUGGAGAAAUUGAAGAUGCUAAACGUGUUUUCGAUAAGAUGGGAGAGAAAAAUGUUAUUUCAUGGACAUCGUUAAUUUCUGGAUAUGGGAAGCAUGGCCAUGGACAUAAGGCAAUUACAAUGUAUAAGAACAUGGAAUAUGAAGGGCUGAAGCCAAAUGAUGUAACAUUCUUGUCUCUUCUCUUCGCGUGUAGCCAUAACGGUUUGACUAGUGAAGGAUGGGAAUGCUUUAAUGGUAUGGUUAACAAAUAUGGUAUUGUGCCAAGAGCUGAGCAUUAUUCGUGUAUGGUGGACCUCUUUGUGCGAGGAGGUCUGUUAGAAGAAGCCUAUAAUCUUAUAUGUAAGGCAAAUAUGAAGCCUAAUGCCUCACUUUGGGGUUCCAUUCUUGGGGCAUGUAGUAACUAUGGCAAUAUGUCUAUUGGAGAAAUUGCAGCCAGGCACCUAUUUAAUAUAGAACCUGAGAAGUCAGUAAACUAUGUGGUUCUAGCAAGCAUGUAUGCUGCAGCUGGAUUGUGGGACAGUGCAUUAAAGACACGGAAAUUAAUGGAAGAUCGAAGGUUAAGAAAGGAUCUGGGAUACAGUUUUUUUCAACCCACAAAUAAAAGGGUCAAACUUCUGGAGAUAAGUUGAAAUAACAGAUCUCUAUUGGUUUUCAUUAUAAUGUCUAUAUAUUGAUGCUGCAAAGGAAUAAUAAGAGAUGCAUGUGUAAUCUCACUAUUUUCCUGGACAUCAAGGAGGUCGAAUAUUAUGCACCUAGUACAUGAGCCAUAAGCGUAAUUGAAAUUCCCGGGAGCUAUAUAUUGACAUCCAGGAAGGACCUGAUUGGGCUCGCACAAACUGAUUCUGGUUAAGCUGGUACUUUUGCACUGCCCAGACUCCCAGGGUCGCAGCCCUUUUAGAAAUUCCACAAGCAUUCUUUGCCUACGUGCUCUCUCCAACACGUGGUGAGCUCUGUUAAACAAGUACUAGUGAUUAUGGACAUCUUGUCAGCUCUGAUCUUUUCUCUAUGGCAGUCACAAAUUUACGGCAAGUUCUUGCCCGCAUCUAGCUGUCUGCAUGGUGCCACAUUUUAGAGUUUUUAUUUUAAUUCCUAUUGGGUAUCGUUUUACGAUUUCUUGUCAUGU